AUGGCUAACAGAGGACCAAGCUAUGGCUUAAGCCGAGAAGUUCAGGAAAAGAUUGAACAGAAAUACGACCCAGAAUUAGAGUCUAGGCUGGUGAACUGGAUUAUUGUGCAGUGUGGAGAACAGAUAGAGCACCCUCCUCCUGGAAGGCAACAUUUUCAGACCUGGCUGAUGGAUGGAACGCUGUUAUGCAAGUUAAUAAACAGUUUACAUCCAAAGGGAAAUGAGCCCAUUGCAAAGAUCUCUGAAUCAAAAAUGGCUUUCAAGCAGAUGGAACAAAUUUCUCAGUUCUUAAAAGCUGCUGAAAUCUACGGAGUAAGAACAACAGAUAUUUUCCAGACAGUGGAUUUAUGGGAAGGGAAGGACAUGGCAGCAGUGCAGAGAACCUUAAUGGCUCUAGGCAGUUUGGCAGUCACCAAGGAUGAUGGCUGCUACAAAGGGGAUCCAUCCUGGUUUCACAGGAAAGCACAGCAGAAUCGACGAGGAUUUUCAGAAGAGCAGCUUCGUCAGGGACAGAACGUAAUAGGCCUGCAGAUGGGCAGCAACAAGGGAGCAUCACAGUCGGGUAUGACAGGCUAUGGGAUGCCAAGGCAGAUUAUCUGA